AGUCACAAAGAAGCAACAGCCAAUGGGCGGCGGCCACGGCAGGAACAGGAGCGCGCUGUGCUGAGCGUGACUAGUAAAGCGACUAAUCACCCGCCGGUCGGAGGCAGCUGCCUGAGAGACUGAACACCUACGAGAGAGAGGGAUUAACCGACUGGCCGGCGGCAGCUGCCCGACAGACUGAGCAACCGCGAGAGAGGGACUGGCUGGAGGAGCGCCCGUGAGGUAGGGACUAACUGCCAGUACUCGCCGACUGAAACAGGGCCCAAGCUCCGGUUCGCCACCGCCUCCCUUCCUUCACCGACCAGCGCAACCGGAUCACCUUGGUGCUAACUAUGCAGCCCAGGAGCAGCGAGAUGGGGCUGCUUCGUGUGUUCGGUAUUUUUGGGUCUUUGCUGGUUACUGUUAGUGCUCUCUACUCAGCAAGUGAUGAUGUCGUGGAACUAACCCAAAGUAACUUCAACAGAGAAGUAAUCGAAAGUGAUGAACUUUGGUUGGUGGAGUUUUAUGCACCAUGGUGUGGACAUUGUCAGAAUUUGGCCCCAGAGUGGAAGAAAGCUGCAUCAGCCUUGAAGGGAAUAGUAAAGGUUGGGGCAGUGGAUGCAGACAAGCAUCAGUCUCUUGGUGGACAGUAUGGCAUUCAGGGAUUCCCAACUAUCAAGCUAUUUGGAAUAAAUAAGAAUAAACCAGAUGAUUAUAAUGGUGCCAGAUCAGCUCAAGGGAUCACAGAUGCAGCCAUUAACUCUUUAAGGUCAAUUGUCCGAGAUAGACUCGGAGGCAAGAGCAGCUCAAGUUCUUCUGGGAGAAAGAGCAGUGACAGUGGAUCUGGUAAAAAAGAUGUGAUCGAAUUGACUGAUGACACCUUUGACAAAAAUGUAAUUGGCAGCGGUGACAUUUGGAUGGUGGAGUUCUACGCACCAUGGUGUGGGCACUGCAAGAGGUUGGAACCUGAGUGGGCUGAGGCAGCUUCUGAAGUGAAAAGUCAGACUGGUGGGAAGGUGAAAUUGGCAGCAGUGGAUGCCACAGCUAAUCAACUACUAGCUAGCCGGUAUGGGAUCCGUGGGUAUCCAACCAUUAAAGUAUUCCACAAAGAUGAAGAUGGUCCAUAUGACUAUGAUGGUGGAAGAUCAAAAAGUGAUAUUGUCGCUCGUGCUCUUGAAUUGUUUGCUGAAAAUGCACCAGCUCCAGAACUGCAUGAGAUUACUGAUGAAGAGAUCCUAAAGAAGACAUGUGAUGACCAUCAACUAUGUAUUGUUGCUGUAUUGCCACAUAUUCUGGAUACAGGGGCUUCUGGGCGAAAUGAAUAUUUGGCAAUACUAAAGACUAUGGCCAACAAGUACAAAAAGAAGUUCUGGGGUUGGCUAUGGACUGAGGCAGGUGCUCAGGCAGAACUUGAAGAUUCUUUGGGUAUUGGUGGAUUUGGCUACCCAGCAAUGGCUACAAUUAAUGCCAGGAAGAUGAAAUAUGCUCUGCUGAAAGGCUCGUUUAGUGAACAAGGCAUCAAUGAAUUUCUUAGGGAGCUAUCAGUUGGAAGAGGCUCGACAUCUCCUGUGAAAGGUGCUGCAUUCCCAAAAAUUAAUGUGGUACAACCAUGGGAUGGCAAGGAUGGUCAGAUGCCAGCAGAGGAUGACAUUGAUCUAAGUGAUGUGGAUCUUGAGGAUUAUGACAAAGAUGAGCUGUGAGCUGAUUGUCUUCCCUCUUAUUGGCAGACAGUAACCGUUGGAAGUAUUGAACUUGUCAUCUGUCUGCUUUGAGGCCUUGUGUCAUUGUUCUAGCUCACUGUAUUUCUACUGUGAUCUGUAAAUAUGUUUCACUGGGUUUUUUCUAUUUAAAGAAAAAACAAAUUGAACGUUGCAGUUAUGUUUUAAAUUUUCCACCUGUUUUAAGUAAAUUGAUCUAACAGACCAAACAGCCAUUUGUUAUACCUGUUCCACUCUUAAUUAUUUGAAUGGAUUCUUAUUUCUUUUUGAGGAGAUGAGGUGCAGAUCUGCAUAAUGCAUUUAGACAUCUCUACUUGUAUUUGAGCAAUCCUUAUUCCAAAGAAUGUAACCUCAUGGUGAUUAUACUACUAAAUGGGAUUGAUCAUUUGGAACUUUGGAUUGUGGAAAGACUACUUUUUUUUCCCCUGAGGAACAUGGAUUUCAUGGAAUAAAUUUGGAGAUUCAAAUAGUUGAGUCAAGAUUUUCUGGAGUGGCUGGAGAGAGAUUGAAGGCUUGACUACGUUGAAGCUGUACACUGGAGGCUCAUCUGUACUUUUAACCACAGCACAAUGACACAUUGAUUCCUGUGACAAACAAGCUUAAUUCAGUGUCACUAAGAUGAAGAUAGUUGCAAAUUUCAGUUUAUUCUGGGUACUCUACAGAAUCUACUUUGCAAUAUUCAGUUUUGCAAUUGAUGUCCAAGUAUCAUUACUUAAUACCAUGAAACAUUUUCAAUUCUGAAAGAUUUCCUUUAUAUGUUAAGUUUUUGGUCUUUUCAUUUUGUGAAUGAAAACUUCAUGAUAACACUGUCUGAGCUGUGGAGUCAGUUCUUAAACAUCUGAAGUGGUUUCCUUUUUUGUAAUGGGCAGUAUUAAAGGAGAAGGUUAAUAUUUGUAAAUGUUUUCUACAAAUUACAACUCAAUAAUACCUGCUGUUGCUACUGAGAACUACGCAGACCACAGUCAUACUUGAAAAUACCAUUAGAGGUCACCAUUCCAUGAAAAUAGAUUAAGUGAAAUUUGGGGGAAGUCAUUUUUAGUCCCAUGUUCCACUUUAUUCAUCAAAUCAGAAUUACAUUUCAGUUUGUUUACUGUUGUCAGUUUUUUUACAUGCUGAUUUCAUUCUAAUUUUCAGGAUAAUGAGGGGAGAAGUUGGUUUUUAUUUAAUUUUGCACCUGCAGAUUUGAGUCAACUCAGACCAAGAGUGGCCUUCCAUUUUUGUACAUCGAUCUCUUCUUGUAUAUACAUAAAAACACAAUUCUUAACCUUAGAAUUGGGGAGAAAGGGUAAAUUCUGAUUAAGACAAAAACUAACAAUAGUAGGCCACCAGUUCAAGAAUGCAGAAUAUAGAUAGAUGUGCAUCAUUUGAGUUGGGAGGUGGCUCUGGAAAGAAAAGCAUCAUAAUGUUUGAAUCCCAUUCUCUCCACCACCACCACCAACCCCCUGCUUCGUCUGCCCCAAACUGGUGUUUGCCCGUGAAAGGGUUUAGUGUUUGCCAUUCUCCCUUCCUAAUAUGGUUAUUUUCUUGAGGUAAGACUGAAGGAAAAAAAAUAAAAUUACUUUUUUGUUUCCAUGAA